AUGAGUGACCCUCAGGCCGGUGAGGCGGAGAAGAACAUCGAGAUCUGGAAGAUCAAGAAGUUGAUCAAGCGCCUCGAGGCCGCCCGCGGAAAUGGAACCUCUAUGAUUUCCCUCAUUAUCCCUCCAAAGGAUCAAGUGUCGCGUAUUGCCAAGAUGUUGGCUGAAGAAUACGGUACUGCCUCUAACAUCAAGUCCCGUGUCAACCGACAGUCCGUCUUGUCCGCCAUUACGUCGACCCAGCAGCGUCUUAAGCUAUACAACAAGGUUCCUCCGAAUGGCUUGGUCGUGUACUGUGGUGAAAUCUUGACCUCGGAAGGAAAAGAACGCAAGGUCAACAUUGACUUUGAACCCUUCAAGCCCAUCAACACUUCGCUGUACCUCUGCGACAACAAAUUCCACACCGAGGCCUUGGCCGAGCUGCUCGAGUCCGACCAGAAGUUUGGCUUCAUUAUCAUGGAUGGUAACGGCGCAUUGUUCGGUACUCUCAGUGGAAACACCCGUGAAAUCGUUCACAAGUUCUCCGUCGAUCUGCCCAAGAAGCACGGACGUGGUGGUCAAUCCGCUCUGCGUUUCGCCCGUCUUCGUGAGGAAAAGCGUCACAACUACGUCCGCAAAGUCGCCGAGUUGGCUGUGCAGAACUUCAUCACUGCCGACAAGGUCAACGUUGCCGGUCUCAUUCUUGCUGGUUCCGCCGAUUUCAAGAACGACCUUAACGCCUCCGACAUGUUCGACAACCGUCUGGCGGUCAAAGUUAUCAAGGUUGUUGAUGUCUCUUACGGUGGUGAGAACGGUUUCAACCAGGCCAUUGAGCUGUCCUCCGAGACUCUUGGAAACGUCAAGUUCAUCCAGGAGAAGAAGCUGAUUGGCAAGUACUUUGAGGAAAUCAGCCAGGAUACUGGCAAGGUCUGCUACGGUAUCGACGAUACUCUGAAGGCAUUGGAGCUUGGUGCCGUUGAGACUCUCAUCAUCUUUGAGAACCUUGAGAUCACUCGCUGGAUUCUUAAGGACAGUGAGGGUGCUGAGAUUAUCUUGCACACAACCAAGCAACAGGAACAAAGCAGCCGAGAGAAGUUCCUGGACAAGGCCACUGGCCAAGAGAUGGAUAUUGUUUCUCAGGAAUCAUUCCUUGAAUGGAUUGCUGAGCACUACAAGGACUUUGGUACCGCCCUUGAAUUCGUGUCUGACCGAUCCACUGAGGGCAACCAGUUUGUCAAGGGUUUCGGUGGUAUUGGCGGCAUUUUGCGCUACAAGGUCAACUUUGAACAGUUGGCAGAUCUCGAGGAUGACGAUGAUGACUACUACGACGUUAACCCGUCCGCGCACGACGACAACGACGCGCCUCGCGACCUGUCUGGGUCAGGAGAUGCCGCGCCGUUGUCAUUUGCUCAAAGGCGCUUGAUGCGAAAUGCUGGUCAACUGCCCUCUCAUCAGGCCCACCAGACGUCGCGACCAAGCCCGCUUCGCGCGGCCAUGACGGCCACUUGA